AUGGGGAAAAUAACCGUAGACGUUAAGGAGCGAUCGCCGGAUGAGUUGGAAGCGCAGGUGAAGAAGCAAGGCGGGGCCAUGGCUGCUCUGAAGCGAGAGGUGGACGAAAUGAGGCGCGCGUUGGCGAAAGGGGCGUUGGAGAUCAUGAGAGCGGGGGAAAAUCACGACGCAGGCAGUGCCGCGGCCGGAAAGGACGCGGACGGCCUCCCAGCGCAGCCGCCGCCGCCGAAGGGCGAGGCGCUUAUGGCCCUGGUGGAGGCCUUGAUCGCGGCGCGGGUGAAGGACGUGCGAGACGAGCUCGAGUCGCAAGUGCGAGGAUUGAAGGAGCAGCUGGAGGGGGCGAAAAGCGAGGCGAGGGACGCGGCGAACGAGGUGAGGGCGAUGGUUAAGCGGCAGGCGGCGGAGAUAACGGACGUGAAGGCGACGGCGGCGCACAUUGACUCGCGGAUGAACGACGUGGAGCUGGCGGCGGCGGAGUGGAAGGACGCGCCGCGGGAGAAGGACGCGCCGCCCGCCGAGCGCAGCGACGCCAGCGAGAGGGAACAUGCGGGCGCGGAGGGGCGCGAGGGGAAGAGGCGGAAGAGGGAGGAGGCGGGGAAGGGGGACGAGAUGGCACAUGCUGCUGGUUCUCCCGAUGCCGCUGCCUGCGGAGGUGCAGUACCGGUGGUCGAAUCUUCAGCUUCUAUUGAAAAGCGGGAUGCAGCGGAUGAUGCGAAAUGGGAGGUUGAUUGCCAAGAGCUGAAGGGCCGGGUGGACGCGAUGGCAUGCCGAGUGGCGAAGCUGGAGAAAACGAGUGGCGAAGGGAAGAUGAUAUGGGAGGCAAUGCUCACGCUGUGGGCGGCAGCUGCACCAGACCAAACUCAAAUGGACCUUUCCGGCAUUACCUGCCUCACCGACGCUGCUCUCACGCACCUCACCUCGUUGCACUCCCUCACCUCCAUCAACCUCCGAGGCUCCUCCGGCUAUACAGCAGCAGGGAUGCGGAAACUCUACUCUCUCAAAGGCCUGCUUCGUUUGGAACUGGGUAUUCCUGUGACCGACUCGGGGAUCAAGCACCUGAGGAAUAUGAAACUGCUCGAGAAGCUGUCGCUGCGGGAUGCGAGCAUCACUGAGUCAGGCAUGAAGUGGCUCAAGGGUCUCAAGUGCCUUCAAAAGGUUGCUACUGAUUCUUACGAGAUUGAAGAAUUGAUCAGGGACAUUCUCCCUGGGGUGAUUGUUACAUCGGGUCCCCUCAAUGCGUAG